AGCAAGCAAAGAAUCAAAGAGGCGCAAUCUCAAGCACCCAAUCGCUUAUACUAACUGUCCAGGACAGGAAAUGGCCGGAGGUGAGCUGAAGCUACUUGGCACUUGGGCGAGUCCCUGGGCUUGCAGGGUGAGAAUUGCUCUCCAUCUCAAGGACCUGAGCUAUGACUACGUCGAGGAGGACCUCGAGAACAAGAGCGACCUCCUCCUUACGUCCAACCCCGUGCACAAGAAGGUUCCAGUGCUCAUCCACGAUGGCAAGCCAAUCAGUGAGUCGAGUGUCGUCGUGCAGUAUAUCGAUGAGGCCUUUGAGAGCAAUGGUUCCUCCCUCCUCCCCUCAGAUCCCCACGAACGUGCAAUUGCUCGUUUCUGGACCGCUUACAUGGACGACAAGCUAGUGGCGGCGUGGGUAAAGGCGUUCAAGGCCAAGACGGAGGAGGAGAACUUGGAGGGGACCGAGCAGUUGCUCGUGGUGGUGGAGACACUGGAAGGUGCCCUGAGAGAGUGUUCCAAGGGUAAGCCUUUCUUCGGUGGUGACAGCGUCGGGUACUUGGACGUCAUGCUAGGCGGCCUCCUCUCGUGGCUGCACGGGACCGAGGCGCUGUGCGGUGUCGAAUUCUUUAACGCCUCCAAGACCCCGCUCCUGUCGGCGUGGGCGGAACGCUUCGGUGCUCUGGAAGCUCCCAAGGUCUUUCUGCCCGACGUCGGCAAAUUGGUCGAGUUCGCCGAGGUGAGGCGCGCGCAGCAGGCUGCAGCCGAGGCUGCGGCUGCUGCCGCGAAGAGCUAGACGUCGUGAGUGCAGUCUGGUUGGAGGGAAUGUUUGGAUGAUAAAUAAUGGAAACAGAAUAAAGGUUUCACGGCAGUGUCGUUCGUUGUUGUCCGUGAUUACUUUGUUCAUGUGACGCUAAUAUAGUGAAUAACGAAGUUCUGUUCUGUGUU